AUGUCUAAAUUUCUUAGUGUUCAUUCAGAUCAACAUCUUGACAAACUUCGAUUAUUGUUGGCAACUGAUUCGCUCAACACAGACAGCGAAAAAGAACAGAUGGAUCUGAUCGCAUCCUUAUUACUUCGAGUGGAAAUAUUUUGUCGGUGUGCUCAACUCGGUUUUGACCUUUUUAAGUCUUCCAAUGAUAUUCUUGACAAGAUUGAGAAACAUACCGUCGUCUCUAUUUCUACAGCAACUGGUUCGGGCAAAUCGUCACUCGUACCUGCUUUACUUGCUGGUGCCGGGUAUGAUAAAAUCAUGGUCACACAACCUCGUCGACUUGCUUGUACUUCGAUAUCCGCUCGAGUGAAUACGACAAUAGGUCCAAUAAGUGGUUGGGCUGUAGCGGGUGCACGUUCAAAGAAUAAUAAGACUACUUCUAUUGUUUAUCUUACUGAUGGCCUAUUAAAAGAAUUCUUACAAUAUGGCGAAGAUAAAUUGCUUCAUGAUUUAGCCAGCACCGCACAAGGUACCAUAUUUUUCCUCGAUGAAGUCCAUGAACGUUCGAUAAACAUUGAUCUUUGUCUCGCAUUGCUUGCUCGCCUUCUCCGGUAUGAUCUUCAAGACAAAGUCAAAAUCAUUCUCUCCUCAGCCACAUUGGAUCAAUCCGUCGAACGACUAUUUUCAAAAUCCAACGAUUAUUUUCCUCUCAAAAUUGAAUCGAAAUUCCGUUAUGAAAUCAAGACAUAUCCAAACUCCAAUGUCAAUAUGUUUGAUUUGAUUGACCGUCUACUAGAAAAGUGUCCAAACAAUGAACAAAUCUUAUGUUUUGUUAAAUCGAAUUCAGACGUGACACAAUCCAUUACUCUACUCAAAACACUCAAGAACAUUGACGCAUUUCCUCUGGUAGAAUUUCAAUCACCUAUUAUACAGCAAAGACUCGUUGCGGAUGAACAAAUCUUUUUUUCUACUACCGUGGCUCAAACUUCUCUGACAUUUCCCCGUCUCAAAUAUGUGAUCGAUACAGGCAUGAUUAACAUAUCCAUUUAUGAUCCACAUAGAGAUACGACGGUACUCGAGGGAUUAUCUGCUUCUGAAGCCACUUUGAAACAACGAAAAGGCAGACUAGGACGAACGCAGCCAGGUGAAUAUUUUCCUCUUUACAAAUCUAAUACCAAACGUACUCAUUUUCCAACACCACAAAUAUGUCAAUCGGAAUUGAGUGAUGUGGAUUUUUCCUUACGAAAGCCUCCAAUAAAAGAAAGUCUACCCGAUUUCAAACAAUGGCUACCGGAUCAACCAGACAAUGAAAUUAUCGAUCGUGCAAAUGAAAAAUUGAAACAUCUAGGGAUUGUAAAUGGCCGUGGAAUGUUCACAAAGAAAGGUGAAGAAAUUGCUCAAUUGCCAGACUUUGGCACACUGCCACUAACAACGUCAGUCUACGCUGCUCUAACUAAGUAUAAAUGUGGUCGAGAUGUCAUAUUGGUCGCAUCUCUAUUGAGUACAUUAAACACCUCAGCUAUUUUUCAAAAACUGCCUACUCGGUAUCAUCGACCGGAAGAAGGAGAUUAUAUGUCCCUGCUGGUACUUAUGUAUGACUUAAUCGAUCAAAAAACAAGUAUCAACAGUAGUGAUAUGACAGAAAUUCAACAUCAUCUUCGUCGAGCUUUAUGUCGUUUACGAUCACUUCAAUCUUCAAUCAAUCGUGGAAAAGUCUGGCAUAAAGAAUCACAAAUAUCUUGCGGUCAAUGGCGUGUAAUAGCACAAUCAUUUCUUGAUGGAUAUUGGGAGAAUAUAUACGUAGCACUUAGUGAGCUACAAGGCAGAAAUAGACACUAUGAUCGAUAUAACAUCUCUCUCAACCACAUCGAUCAACGUAUGCAAACAGCAAUACUUCAUACGUCUACUACUAUUCCCCGUGAGAGUUGUCCACUACUUCUAUUUGCCAAAGACACACUUUGUUCCACGGCCGUACGUACCACCUGCGUGUUAUCCUUCUUGGGAAUUCUCAAACCUGAAUGGCUUCAUGGUAUAGUAGAACGUCGAUUGAAUGUGACUGCUUCUGAAAUGGAGAAAUUCCAAUCAUCAGAAAAAGUACCAAACAACGGAAAUGUAAAGUAUUCAACAGACGACGGUCAGAUUUCGAUCAAAGGUCAUGGUGGCGAUGUUCUUGAAGCAGAACAAAAAUUACGACAACAAUUAAUGAAAACAAACGAAUUUAUAUUUCCUAAUGCAGAAGAUUUAAAGAAACAUCCGAAAUUGGAAGAAAACAUGAUUUUUGUUUUACGAAACCUGCCAAUAUUUUUACCGAUGAUAUGGCGUUGGAAUAAUGAAAAACAAGCAAAAAUUGAAUUGGAGAAACAGCCACCUUCAUCAUGCAAGGUAAUUGCACAAUGCAGAGAACAAGAUUAUCUAAACAUUCACGCUGAAUUUCAGUCUUUUGUCUACUGGUUGACUCUAUGUGACUCUAUGCAGCUAAAGAACUCGAUAGGAAAACCUCAAUUGCUCACAAGUAGUGAUCCGGAUAUUAAAAGGAGAAUCAAUCGUAUAACCGAUACCAGUCUCACGUGGGUCCAUUUAAAGCAAUCAAUCAGUGACAAUUGUCGCGAAUCUCGUAUGGACGUUGUAGCAUGGAUUGCUGUAUGCAAUUAUGAUUGUCUUCUUCAAGGUAGUUAUGUGCGUGAUAGAAUAGUAGCAAAUCACAUGAAGCGUCCGAAAAAUCAAAAUCCACGGACAUGGGUAACGUUUAAUCAACAAACAGGACUUCCUCAAAUUGUCCCAGACUUAGUACCCGCCGAUAUUGAUUGUCAUUUACCAUCGGGCACCUAUUUUGACGUACAGCGUUUUCUCGAUGAAAUGCACCGAUACGAGUUUAAAGUCGAAAGAUUUCGAAAUCAUUGGCGACAUGUAUUACUGUUCGAUCGCAAUCUGCCAACUGGUCCUUUCACAAUGAAUCUUAUCGAGCCCCAUGUUGCUCUGACACAUAAUCGUCGAGAUUUUGAUGGAAACAGUUUGUAUGUGGAAUAUAAAAAGGCAAAAUAG